AUGGGAGUGAAGGUUGAUGGUCGGCAGCUACACCCUUUGCGCUUUGCUGAUGACAUCGUACUGAUAACGCCUAGCAUCAGCCAAGCGGAAUCAAUGCUGACCGAAUUCGACGAAACAUGUGGAUGCAUCGGUCUUCAGCGUAAUCUACAAAAGACGAUGUUCAUGCGGAACGAUGGGUCUCGAUGCAUUCACGCUCAACGGAACGAACAUAUGAAUGCACAGCUACGUUUAUCUGGGUCGGAACGAACAGAAACGACGACCGAGCGGGCAGGAGGAGACGAGCGGCUGGAGCGUAAAGAGCAUCGAGGAUGUAGUGAAGAAGACCAGGAACACCCGGCUCGUGCACCUCUUCAACACACGUACUUCGCUUACAUGCGAAACCGGGCAUUUCGCAAGCAGGAAGAAAAGCGGUGA